AUGAGGUCCUCCGGGAGGUGGUUCGCCGCCGUGUUCUUCGCCUGGCUCGCCGUCUCCAACGGGUUCCUCGCCGCGGCCGGUGGAUACAACUACAGGGAGGCGCUGUCAAAGUCCCUCCUUUUCCUGGAGGCGCAGCGGUCGGGGAGGCUCCCCAGUGGCUCCAGGGUCCGCUGGAGGGGCGACUCCGGCCUCAAUGACGGCCACCUGGCCAAUGUGGGCCCUCCUCGAUUCAUCCUCCCUCCCCAUCGUCUCCUUCCUCCCCGGUCAUGGCCACCUCCUCCUCCUUCAUCAUCUUUAUCGUCGUCGUCGUCGUCGUCGUCAUCAUCAUCAUCUUCUCCUUCUUCCUCUUCUUCUUCUUCUUCUUCUCCUUCUCGUUCUUCUUCUUCUUCUUCUUCUUCUUCUUCUCCUUCUCCUUCUUCUUCUUCUUCUUCUUCUUCUCCUUCUCCUUCUUCUUCUUCUUCUUCUUCUUCUUCGUCUUCGUCUUCGUCUUCGUCUUCCUGAUAGUCUUGCUCUUGUGCGGCGAACCAGGUGGACCUGGUAGGUGGCUACUACGACGCCGGUGACAACGUGAAGUACGGGCUGCCCAUGGCGUUCACAAUGACCACCUUGGCCUGGGGAGCUCUCUUCUACCGGUCGGAGAUGCAGGCGGCGGGGGAGCUGGGGAACGCCCUGGAGGCCAUCCGCUGGGGCACCGAUUACUUCCUCAAGGCCAGCUCCAAGCGCAACCGCUUCUGGGUCCAGGUAAGCCCUAGGACCCCUCCCUGCUCCCUCGCCAGAGCCGGCGAAGUCUCCGGCGAUGACCCCGAUUGACGGUGGCGUCUUCAUGGUGAAGGUGGGGGACCCGGUGGCGGACCAUCAGUGCUGGGCGCGGCCGGAGAACAUGGGCACGCCGAGAACGCUGUACAGGAUUGAAGAGGGCACGCCGGGGACGGAGAUCGCUGCCGAGACAGCCGCCGCCAUGGCCGCCGCCUCGAUCGUGUUCAGGAGCUCGGACCACAAGUACUCUCGCCGACUCCUCAACAAGGCGAAGCUGGUGGGAUGGAAGGAGAUUUUGAUCUUGCUUUUGCAGUUCUGAGGUAGCCGGUUAUUGCCGACGACGGGCUGAGGCUUUCUCUCUCUAUCUUCGUUGCUUUCUUGCAGCUCUUCGAAUUCGCAAACUCUCACAAGGGGACGUACGAUGGAGAGUGCCCCUUCUACUGCUCUUAUUCCGGCUAUAAUGUCUCUCUCUCUCUCUCUCUCUCUCUCUCUCUCUCUCUCUCUCUCUCUCUCUCUCUCUCUCUCUCUCUCUAUGCACGCAGUAUAACAAUUUAACGACCAAUCAAUCUCAGGACGAGCUCCUGUGGGCCGCAACUUGGCUGUACGUCGCCACGAGGAGGAACACCUACCGCAAGUUCAUCACCGAAGAGGCCAUCAGCGCCAGCGUCGCGGAAUUCAGCUGGGACCUUAAGUACGCCGGCGUCCAAGUCCUCCUCUCCGGUGUAAGCCUCCUCUCUCUCUCUCUCUCUCUCUCUCUACACGCAGCUUUCUUUCUCUAUCAUAUCUGUGGGGGCGUCUUGCAGCUGCUCUUCGCCGGGGAGAAGGGGUUCGAGAACUUCAAAACGCAGGCGGAUAACUUCGUAUGCGCCGUGUUGCCGGAGAGCCCCUACAAGCAGGUUUACAUUUCUCCAGGUACUCCUCGUCAACCUCUUCUUCUUCGACAGCAAAGUCUUCCUCAUGAUCAUCGUCUUCUUCUCCUGGUUCUUCCUCUUCAGGAGGGCUGAUCCACCUCCGCGACGGCGCCAACACUCAGUACGUGACCAGCACGGCCUUCAUCCUCAGCAUCUACAGCGACACGCUCUCCCGUCACGGCCAAACCGUCUCCUGCGGCACCCAAACCCUCCCUCCCCACCGCCUCAUGGACUUCGCCAAACAGCAGGUCCCCCCUAACCUCUCUCUCUCUCUCUCUCCCCCUCUCUCUCUCUCUCUCUCUCUCUCUCUCUCUCCCACUCUCCCCCUAACGGUAGUGGGAUAACGCAGAUGGACUACCUGCUGGGGAGCAACCCGGAGGGGAGGUCGUACAUGGUGGGUUUCGGUACGGCGCCGCCGAUGCAGGCGCACCACCGGGGGGCCUCCAUUCCGCCGCUGGCCGCCGGCGCCAUCGUGGACUGCGCCACCAGCUUCUCCGCCUGGUUCUCGAGGCCUGGCCCCAAUCCCAACGAGCUCACUGGCGCCAUCGUCGGCGGCCCCGACCGCUACGACAACUUCGACGACCUCCGUUGGGACUCCUCCAAGCUCGAGCCCGCCACCUACAUCAACUCCGCCGCCGUAGCCGUCCUCGCCAACCUCGCCGCCCACUCCUAG